AUGGACCGCGAACACUCCUGGGAAGAGAUUACCAUUCAGAAACGAAAGCGCAGGGACAGCCUGAUCCCGGAAGCCUGGAAGCUGAGGAGUACCUAUCCUCCUGGCUCCAGCGUGCUCAACGUGCCCCGGACGUGUGGCAUUCUGACACACACUGAACUCUCCAUCACAUCGGACUAUGAUGCUGUUGACCUGGUACAGCGGAUGAAGGAAGGCCUACUGUCGUGUGAAGCGGUGACGGUGGCAUUUUGCAAACGGGCAGCGAUUGCGCAGCAGUUGACGAACUGCCUAACCGAGAUAUUCUUCGAUUUGGCGAUCGAACGUGCAAAGCACCUUGAUGCAGAGCGCAAAACCAACCCUAGUGAAUCACUUGGUCCACUUUUCGGCCUCCCAAUUUCCCUCAAGGAUUCCUUAAACCUACCCGGCAUCGACACCACAAUCGGCCUGACCUAUUUCGCUAACAAGCCCGUGACCGAAACCUCCAGCUUGUCGGAGAUUCUACUCGAGUUAGGGGCAAUUUUAUACUGCAAGACUAAUGUGCCGCAGUCGAUGAUGACGGUGGAUUCGGACAACUAUAUUUUGGCCGGACAGUCAACCCGGCUAAUACGAAAUUCACUGCUGGCGGAUCAAGCGGUGGUGAAGGGGCUCUUAUCGCUAUGCGGGGCAGUGUCCUGGGCGAGGAAGCGCAGUCCCGUCCAUCCGGGAUUUCUAGGCCACGCGCCGAGCGUCGGCCCGAUGGCAACAUCAGCUCGCGCGUGCCGAUAUUUCCUGGAAGUGGUCAUGAAGGCUGAGCCCUGGAGGCGCGAUGGCAACUGCUAUCGUCUUCCCUGGCAGCCCGGCACCGAAGACAUUAGCCUACGGCGGUUGCGGAUAGGGGUAGUAGCUCGCGAUGGCAAAUUUUCCGUGACACCACCGAUGCGGCGGGCAUUACAGGAGAGCAGUGAGAAGCUCUCCCAGGCCGGACACACAGUGAUUCCUAUCGAGCUGCCAGAUGUUGCCGGCCUGGAGCGCAGUUUCAUGGGGUCGUUUGCGCUGGAUGGUAACGAAGUAAGUCUUGCAGUCUUCGCUUGCAGAGUUCUAGUAUACCCGUCCUCUAAUCCACUUCCCUUCCAGUAUCUCAAAGAGCUUCUAGCUGCCACACGAGAGCCGCCCGUCCCCUCAGUGAAGGCCAUCGGUAUUUUAGACGGCCAACCCAUGCCCCUGAAGGACAUUCUUGAUAUUAAUGCUUCUCGUGCCUACUACCUGCAGUUGUACAACGACCUCUGGGGAACACAUAAUCUAGACCUGAUCAUGCUCCCACCCGCACCACACACCGCAAUUCCACAUGAUGCAUGGCAAUCCAUCGUUUAUACAGGCAUUUGGAACUUCGUCGAUUGCCCUGCAAUGGUGUUGCCAGUAGGGGCCGUCGAUGAGCGCGAUGUCCUGGAUGAUCGUUCGCAGUUUGGUGAGCUGGACGAGGCGUACUAUUCUCUUUAUACGGGACCCGAGAAGUAUCGUGGCAUGCCAAUCUCCGUUCAAUUGGUUGCCCAGAGAUACAAUGACCAAGGCUUGGCCAUGAUGGCGGAGCAUGUGGACAGAAUUUUGAAUGGCGGCGAAUACUCUUUGUCUUGA